UUUAGAUCUGCUGUGUACUGCAAACACUGGCAGCCUCAUCGGAAAUAGUUUUUAAGAAAGAACCAUUUAAUGAAUUAAUUUGGACUAUUUCUUGGAGUCGAUGAAUAUCGUUUGGAUUCGAGAUGUAUUUGAUCCGGAUUCAAAUGUAGUAUUGCACUUUUGUUGGUCGGAUACACCCAUAUAGUCGGACUCUUCCCACCAUUAUGUGGAGUUUAAUUAUCUUUGCGUCAAAAUGUUGAGGAAUACUAUCAGCAAAACAACGUUCUUAUCUCUCUUUCUGUUGGUCAUUAAGGGUGUGUUUGGUGAUGAUGGAUUUAAGUCGGUGUUAGUGAUGGAGGGAGAUUCUGUCACUCUACACACUGAUGUUACUGAAAUACAGAUAAAGGAUCAGAUAUUGUGGAUGUUUGGACCUCAAGAGACUCGUAUAGCUGAAAUCUAUAAGCAGAACAUUGAUAUGUUUGAUAGUAAUGAGACAUUUGGAGACAGACUGCAGCUGGACAGACAGACUGGAUCUCUCACCAUCAGAAACAUCCAAAUCACAAACUCUGGACUUUAUAAAGUAAUGAUCAUCAGUGGAGAAACUUCAUACAAGAGACUCAAUCUUACUGUCUAUGCUCGUCUCCCGAUUCCCGUCAUCAUCAGAGACUCUUCUCAAUGUUCUUCAAGCUGUAAAUGUGUGUUGGUGUGUUCAGUGGUGAAUGUGACACACGUGACUCUCUCCUGGUACAAAGGAAACAGUUUAUUGUCCUCCAUCAGUGUGUCUGAUCUCAACAGCAGUCUCUCUCUACCUCUGGAGGUGGAAUAUCAGGAGAACAACAUCUACAGUUGUGUAGUGUCCAAUUCAUUCACCAACCUGACCAAACCUCUCAACAUUACUGAAGUCUUUCCGACGUGUUCAGAUGCUUCCAGUUUGUACAAACUCCUUUCAGCAAUUAUACCCGCAGUAGUUCUGGCUGUACUCGCAGGUGUGAUGUACUUUCUCUACAGGAAGUGCAAAAAAUCUGAGCAAAAAGUAAAUGGUUUUAAACCAGGUGGGCAUGCAGUGGAAACAGACCAGACAGAAGAGCAAGAAUUGCAUUACGCUGACACAAACUUUUGUAGACAAUAUAUACAAAAAAAGAGCGCUAAUGAGACAGAGGAAACAAUAUACUCCAGCGUCAUCACACGAGACCCCGAACAAGCAAACGGCAGUGUCUAAUUUCAGUAGAGUGCUUUUGUACACCUGCAAAUUCUAGAUGGGGCAAAAUAAUUCAAUGUAGCUGGAUAUUUUUUGUUUUUGCUUUUAUAUUUAGGUUUUAUUUUCUGCCACAAGAGUAUAGGAGAGGACGUUUUUUAUAGCUUUUGCAUAUUUAAAUAUCUCUCUGGCAAACAGACACAUUUCCAUGCAGACUCAACUGAAGUCAUAGAAUAAAUGUUUGUUAAGCAACAAAAGUUGUUAUAACAAUAAGCUACAAAACCCCUCCCCUACCCAUGCUAUCUUUCCAGGUAGUCAUUACUUGUCUGACCUGUGUAUGAAAGCAUGACAUGCUGCAUCUGUGGGAAUUUGACACUCCUCUUGUCUGUAUACCGUUUGCAGUAUUGUUUUAAGCCAAUGUGAUACCUUUAUGUACUUGAACCUUUUCUUUAAUAAACCAAAGCUCA